AUGGCCAUUGAAGUUGUAAAGUUCAGGGCCGGAGUUUGCGACUACGAUGAGGAUUCAAAGCUGUGCACUCCGGUGCCAUGCCAAGGUGAAAUAGUGAUCAAGCCGAAUGAAGAUGAUGAUGAGAUGGGAUUUUGGGAUUUUGAAUGGCGGCCGCUGGAGAAGCCCGUGGGUAGGGAGCUGAGUACGAUUUCCUUGAUCCUGAUUCCAGGCGAAACGGUGUGGGUUCCGGUGAAGUCGAGUAAAAAUGGCAGAAUAUUUGCAUUAGUGUUCUCAUCGAACCAGCGGUACUUGUUCUGGCUGCAGGAUAAGAACCCGGCCAAUCUGUCUUUGAAUGAAUUGAACGAAAAGGACCAACAGUUGUACGAUAAGAUGACAAGGAUACUGAAUGUCAGUGAUGACAACGAUGUCGAAAUGAACGAUGCUUGA